ACUCCCUUGCACGCACUCGCACUCACUCUCACCCUCCAGGGCGAGAACUUUCUCGCCGUCUUCGGAGAAACUCCGCGGAGUGUUGUCUGAGCUCGGAGCUAGCGCAGCGCCUCUCCCAUAGCAGCUGGCAGAAAAUGGAUGAAAAGAGGCUGCUGGAUCCAGGGUUGAAGGUUCAUAAAGGCCUCUGGGAUUACACUCUGAAGAACCAGCAGAUGGAAUGCCGGAGUGACUGAAGAAAAUGGGUGCUAAUGCAUCUAACUAUCCUCAUUCAUGCUCCCCACGGGUAGGGGGAAAUUCACAGGCCCAGCAGACUUUCAUAGGAACAUCAUCCUAUUCUCAGCAAGGCUAUGGUUGUGAAUCAAAGUUGUAUAGCCUUGACCAUGGCCACGAGAAACCACAAGACAAAAAAAAGAGAACCUCUGGCCUUGCUACCCUCAAAAAGAAAUUUAUUAAACGCCGAAAAUCAAAUAGGUCGGCCGAUCACGCCAAACAGAUGCGAGAACUCCUCUCUGGGUGGGAUGUGAGGGAUGUCAAUGCACUAGUAGAAGAAUAUGAGGGAACUUCAGCCUUAAAGGAGCUUUCUCUACAAGCCAGUUUGGCCAGACCAGAAGCCCGGACACUGCAGAAGGAUAUGGCUGACCUUUAUGAGUAUAAGUACUGUACUGAUGUGGACUUAAUAUUUCAAGAAACUUGUUUUCCUGUUCAUCGUGCUAUUUUGGCAGCAAGGUGUCCAUUUUUUAAAACACUGCUUUCUUCUUCGCCUGAAUAUGGGGCAGAGAUAAUCAUGGACAUCAGUACAGCUGGUAUUGAUAUGCCCAUGUUUUCUGCCUUGUUACACUACCUUUAUACGGGAGAAUUUGGAAUGGAGGACUCAAGGUUUCAGAAUGUCGAUAUCCUUGUUCAGCUUAGUGAAGAAUUUGGAACACCAAAUUCCCUUGAUGUAGAUAUGCGUGGACUCUUUGAUUACAUGUGUUAUUAUGAUGUCGUCCUUAGUUUUUCUUCAGAUUCUGAACUAGUCGAAGCUUUUGGUGGAAACCAGAACUGUUUAGAUGAAGAGCUCAAAGCCCACAAGGCUGUUAUUUCUGCACGAUCCCCAUUUUUCCGAAAUUUAUUACAAAGGAGGAUACGGACUGGUGAAGAAAUCACAGACCGAACUUUGAGAACUCCCACAAGAAUUAUAUUAGAUGAGUCCAUUAUACCAAAAAAAUAUGCAAAAGUGAUAUUACACUGUAUGUAUACCGACGUGGUGGACCUCUCUGUUUUGCACUGUAGCCCUUCUGUGGGGAGUCUCAGUGAAGUUCAGGCUCUCGUUGCAGGAAAGCCAAACAUGACCAGGGCAGAAGAAGCCAUGGAACUUUACCACAUAGCAUUGUUCUUGGAAUUUAACAUGCUUGCACAAGGCUGUGAGGAUAUCAUUGCUGAGAGCAUCUCAUUAGAUACCUUAAUUGCCAUCCUCAAGUGGAGCUCACAUCCAUAUGGCUCCAAGUGGGUACACCGACAAGCUUUACAUUUCCUUUGUGAGGAAUUAUCCCAGGUCAUGACUUCGGAUGUUUUUUAUGAACUCAGUAAAGACCAUCUGCUUACUGCUAUCCAGUCUGACUACCUACAGGCAAGUGAACAAGAUAUCCUUAAGUAUCUGAUUAAAUGGGGCGAGCAUCAAUUGAUGAAAAGAAUAGCAGACAGAGAGCCAAACCUACUGAGUGGCACUGCACAUAGUGUGAACAAAAGAGGUGUGAAAAGAAGAGACCUGGACAUGGAAGAACUUCGAGAGGUCCUUUCUUCUCUCUUGCCCUUUGUGCGGAUUGAACACAUCUUGCCUAUAAAUAGUGAAGUCUUAAAUGAUGCUAUGAAAAGAGGCUUGAUCAGUACUCCCCCAUCAGAUAUGCUUCCUACAACUGAAGGAGGAAAGUCAAAUGCCUGGUUACGGCAAAAAAAUGCAGGCAUAUAUGUUCGUCCUCGGCUGUUUUCUCCCUAUGUGGAAGAAGCAAAGUCAGUGCUGGAUGAGAUGAUGGUGGAACAAACAGAUCUGGUGAGACUCCGAAUGGUUCGAAUGUCCAACGUUCCAGACACACUUUACAUGGUCAGCAAUGCCAUGCCACAGUGCUGCCACAUGAUCAGCCACCAGCAGAUGAGCAGUAACCAAUCAAGCCCUCCAUCAGUUGUAGCCAAUGAAAUUCCAGUUCCUCGUCUCCUCAUUAUGAAAGACAUGGUGAGGCGCCUGCAGGAACUGCGGCACACGGAGCAGGUGCAGAGAGCCUAUGCACUGAACUGCGGGGAGGGCGCCACCGUCAGCUAUGAAAUCCAAAUCCGAGUGCUGAGAGAAUUUGGUCUUGCAGAUGCUGCUGCAGAGCUCUUGCAGAAUCCUCACAAGUUCUUCCCUGAUGAACGUUUUGGGGAUGAAAGUCCGCUCUUGACAAUGAGACAGCCUGGGAGAUGUCGUGUUAACAGUACCCCUACAGCAGAAACCAUGUUUACAGACCUGGACUCUUUUGUGGCCUUCCAUCCACCUUUGCCCCCUCCUCCCCCUCCAUACCACCCUCCAGCUACCCCAAUCCAUAACCAGCUCAAGACAGGCUGGAAACCAAGGCCUCCCAGUCAUCACCCUUCUCGUUCAUUCUCUUACCCCUGCAAUCAUUCACUGUUUCACUCCAGAACAGCUCCUAAACCUGGCCCCACCCCAGUCUAUUUGCCAGGUGUUAAAGUAGCACCUCCCGAUUGUACCAACACCACAGGCCUGGGAAGACAGACGGUUGCUGCAGCAGCAGCAGCUGCUGCCGCUUCAUCAGCAAUAAUAUCUGAGAAGCAAGUGUGUACACAGCCUGUGCUGAAUGAUUUGAUGCCAGAUAUCGCCAUGGGGGUGUCUACACUGUCACUCAAGGACAGGAGGCUCCCAGAGCUUGCUGCAGACACAGAAUUAUGUCAGCCAGCUGAAGCAGGACCAGGGCCUCCCCAGCAUCUCUCAUGUAUUCCACAGAGACAUACACACACGUCUCGAAAAAAGCAUCCACUAGAGCAGAAAGCAGAUGGUAGAGAAAAUCAGCAGGAAUACCCAGAUCUCUAUGACUUCUCAAAUGCUGCCUGCAGACCUUCCACUCCUGCUCCUGGCAGGCGCACUCCUUCCCCUUCACAUGGUAGAUAUUUUGGUCCAGACUUGUACAGCCACAAUAAGGCAUCACCAAAUGGCUUAAAGUCAGCUUACCUACCUGGUCAGACCUCUCCUAAAAAACAGGAAGACACUAGGAGAGAAUAUCCACUUUCUCCCGAUGGGCAUCUCCACAAGCAGAAGAGUGAACCAAUACACCUGGAUGUUGUUGAGCAGCCUCCCCAGAGGUCAGACUUUCCUUCAGCAGCCUCAGAAAAUGCUGGCAAUGGUGCAGCUCAUGUCAGGGCACGAACUACAGUGGAAACAGACUUGACUUUUGGGCUGACACCUAACAGACCUCCUUCCCAUUCUGCAUGUAGCUCUGAAGCUCUAGAAGAGCGAUCUAGUAGAAGACUGACAGACAGUGAGUCCUUGAGCCAUGGAGCUCAGAGAAACACAGAUCUGGAAAGGGAUGACUCCAUAAGCAGAGGAAGGAGGUCACCGAGCAAGCCAGACUUUCUCUACAAAAAGUCUGCCCUCUGAAAGCAGCUUCGAGUCUGUGCCUGAGAUGUGAAACAUCCUGUUUUAUGAUGUAACCCAACAACUUACUGACCGGUUUAUCGAUGCCAGCUCAGUCUCACAUUUUAUUCUAGUUUCUAUGUGUAUAUAUGUUUAUUAUACAUGGCAUGCUGAGGGUUACUUUGAAUGCUGCAUCCGUCUCUUUUGUGUGUAACAGUUGUGUGGGAAGCAUCUUAAAGAGAAAGCAAGCUGACGCUUUCUUCUUUCAGAUGACUAAUUUUUUUUGCACUUGUACAUUUGUUUUAUUUGUAUUGAUUUUAUAACUGUGUUAAACUUUAUUGCCACAUUUAAAGGACUGUAUUUUCAUACUUUUUUGCAUUUUAUCUAUCAUCUACCAGUUUCCACGUGCAUUGGAUUGCACACUAAGAUGUAUUUUCUUACAAAAUAGUUGUGUUUAUUUUUUAAUUAUAGAAAUUCCAAAGAACAGCACAUCAAACGCUCCUCUCUCUUUCAGUGAUUGUUUCAGUUCAGAAAUCUUCCUACUCAGUCUCCACAAGUCUAAUGUCAUUCUUUUUUUAUAAGUCAUGAAAGCCAAUCUUCAUUCCCCACAGCAGGAGUCCAGUCCAGGUCUUAAAAUUUUUAGGUUCAGCAAAGAACAGGAAGGAGAAAAGCCUUGAUACCCAGUCUGUGACAAUGUGUAAUUGUCAGGGCCCUUGUAGAUUCUGGAGUAGAGUUACUCACUCCAGAAGGUCUAAGAAAAUUAGACCUUAGUAUUAGAAAACAAUAUAGCUGGGCUUGGAUAUGGACAUGCACACCUGUAAUCCCAGCACGUGGGGGUGGGGGGGGAGCAGCAGAUCAGAUGUUCAAGGUCAUCUUGGGUUACAAAUGAACUGAAGACUAGGCUAUGUGAGCCCCUCCCUCAAAAAAAAAAGUAGUGGAGAUGAUGAUGUGUGCACACAGGGCACACUGAUGGGCCUGGCUCUUCAUGUGACUCACUGUGCUUGGGGAAGUGACUGCCUUUGGUUGUCUUACAUUUUGUGGAAAACAAACAAAACCAAAAGGGCUUCAGUCUUAUGUAUGUCAUUUGGUAUUUGUAAGCAUACAUUUUUUUUAAUGUUUUCAGAGUAUGUCUGGAUUUUUGGUAUCAUAUUCAAAGUUGUAUGAUGCAUAGUACUUUACCACCAAAAAACUAUUUUGUUUUCAGUAAAACACUACAUGUCCUACUUGAACUCCACCGGAGGUGCUGGUUUGGCAUUUUCUGAAUUACUGAGCACAUGGGGAUUUUCACAGUCCUUUCCCUUGGAAGGGUAGUAUGUGAGCUAAGGACUGCUUUUGGAUUUGUCUUAUUUUGUUGUUUCUUACUCUCCGAUGUAAAUAUAUUGUUAUUUAAGUUUUUAAUCACUUCGGCAUCAUUUGGACAUUCACUUUUUAUUUUUAUAAACACACACAGCCGUAGCACUUAGAAGAAAAGAAACUUCCUGAACAUUCUUUGUGGAGAAGGAAUUUGGGAACCUCUUUUCUGUGUGUGUACAUACAAUUAGGAAUCAUUCACACUCGAAAACUAUGCAGGGCUAGGGAGCACGAGCUAUCGUAUAAAUGAAUUACACGCACUUUUAAGUAAGUAGGUUUCUAUUAGGUAUUGGCAACUCUGAUCUCUCCUGAAACUAUAGUUUCUCAUAUGGUCUUUUCCCACUUUACCCUGUGGAUAUACACUCAGGAAUGAUCUGACACUUAAACAGUCCUAACAAUAGAUAAUCUCACAGAUGGGAAGGUGCCCAUCUCUGUAUACCCCGGCAAUCGCUGCCACUAGUUCUGUUGCCUGGCUAGUUAGCUGCUGCUCAUGUAUCCGCUGACUGUGGCUGGCCCUGGUGAUGGAAUCCUGAGCUCAAGGCUUGCACAGGGCAGGCACAUCUGCUGUAAGGUGGGCUUACAUCACCUUUAAGGCUCUUCUUUCCUAAAGUCAGAAACCCACAGGGCUCUGCUCAUUUUUUAAGAGUUGGUGUCUUUUGAAGCACAGUAUCAGAUAGCAGAAGCAAAAAGCAAUUCUGUUCUGUUCCUCCCCCGUGUGUCUGGGACCUAUUGACAGGAAUUAUUUUAUACGGUUUGGGAUUUUUCCAGAUCAGACUGUAUUGUGCAGAUAACUGCAGAGAGAAGCAAGCACACCUAAAGCUUUCUCACCUCUUGACAGGUUUUAUUUUUCUACAUUUUAGGACCAUUUGUAUCACACUCCAUUUUCCUGAAAAUUCAUUAAAUGUGCUUUCCUAUCCACACUUGUAAUUAUAAAAAGUUAUUAGAUACUGUUCUUAGUAUUAUUUAAUUUAUAAUGUUUGUUUUUAGUGACUUAGUAAAUUACCUGGCCAAACUGUGUGCAUACAAGAAAAUCUUGCUUUAAUCUGUGGGAUUGUGGAAUGGUGUGACUUUCAGAAGAUAAAUGUGGUUUUGUGUGUGAUAGGAUAGGUGUUAAUGGGAUGUUAGACUCUGUGCCUCUGGCUGUGAACUCAUCUAUGAAGUUUUUUUUAAUGCUGUACUUAAAAAUGUGAAGUCUGGGUAGGGUCAGUCUCAGAAAAGAAGUUAUUUAUGUAUUAUAAAACAAUAGGCCACAGGAACUGGCAUUUUUCUUAGUAUAGAAAUUUAUUAAGAACCAAAAUCCCAGAUCUCCUUUUGAGGCCAGGGACAAUCAGGCCAUUUGGACAAUCACCAUUCCAGUCCUCUGAGUGCUGAGGCUGGAGAACCACUGCUUAGGUUCUUUAAAGUCACCUGUUACUCAUAAGGAGAAAAAUUAAAAUCAUCUAAAACAUAAAUCCUAAUAUACCAUCUCCCUUUUACACCCCCAUUGACUUUAUUUCUGAGUGUCGUCCCUAGGUCCAAGCUGGCCUAGUGUUUUAGUGACAUAUUGAGCUUUUAGGGCUUACUGGAUUAAUUAUAUUUGUCUUUCUGUACCUCUUACGAACUAAACCUAAUUCUUGAUUUCUGCUUCCUCAUUGGCUGUCCUCUGGCUUUAGGGCCUUUUGUUUUGAACAUUUAUCUUAUAUUGCAUCAUCUUUCCUUGCUUAUUUAAGUUCUCACAAUGGACACAACCCUUGUACAUUGGAUGAAGCUGAUGCUACAGCACGCAAUGGAAGCCAGUGAAUGCCGUGUGGCGCCAGCUGGGCCGAAGCUGACCUCUCAGGUGCUUUCUCUGGAGUUGAGGAUCAAUACUCCCAGUGUCUACAGCAAAGGAGAUUUGUCUUCAUAAUACUGAACUUGCCUUUUAAUGGAAAAGUACAUUUCACGAAAUUUGCAUAAGGCCAUUGUUUUACAGUGAUAAGGCAUCCAUGUGUUUCUUAGGGCUGAGUUAAGCUCUUUGUAGUCAAUAGACUAUUAUUGCCGCAGUGAUGGGUGCUAUUCCCGGGUCUGCAGUGGUUCACAAUGUCUACCAUGUAGUUACUUUCAAGCCUCAUUCAGAUAAUCUUGCUAAGAGCUAUUCUGCACGCCCUAGAGGUGUUUUACUAUCUUCUCUCAACACUGCUGUGUGAACAGUGCUCUGUAAAGUAUGUUAUUUUGUCCCAUCAGUUGUACUAGUUUUCGUGUGGUUAUUGUCUGAGCAAGUCUUUUGAUUUUGUUUUCCCUAAAAACUAUAUAUCCAUGACUGUACCAAUCUUCCAUAUUCAGAAUAUAAUGCUGCAGCCAUUUCUAUAGAAUGACUGUUUGCAAGUUUGUGUCUUGGAAAUAUCUUCUACUUGUGUGUUUAUGUGAGCUCUGAGAUCAGAUAAGCUCUGGAAGAGUCCUCGGGUGAACCUGCACAUGACUGCAGGUUCUCUGGGUAGGCCCCAGGGAAUUCUGCUCUUAGAUGGGGCGGCUGAAAGCCCAAGGUUCCUGAGCUCCCCUUGCCAUGUAUGUGCCACAUCUGGCCUCCACCACCGAGUUUCUUGUGGUUGUGCUGUUAAUGGUAGAGUCAAGUGCCUUCUAUGCUAAAGGCUCAGAAAUCUUUCUUAAACUGAUUUCAUGUCCUAUGCAAGUGUUUUCUACAACCUGUAUAACCAGUACUUUGUAAGACUUGUUUACGCUUCAAUUGUACAUAGUGUUUUUUAAAGAAAUAUAUAGUAUUUUUAUUUAGGUACCUCCAAACUUGAACUCGUCUGUGUGAAGCAUUGUAAACGAUACAUUUCUCUUUGAGUACCAUCACAAUUGUACAGAGGUUUUCACUGGUUCUAUUUUUCUACUGUUACUGAUAAGCAUGUAACACUGACUAUCCUACAUAUAGUUGGCAUUUCAAAUAAAUGGCUUGUAUAGAA